ACGGACUUCUUGUAGAAGCGGAAUACGKCCGUGGCCUGGUUAUAUUAUUGUUGUGGACUACAGCUGAGCAGGAACAGCCUUGUCUUGUUUUACCUGUUGUUUUUAACUGGGACAGUCACUCCCGAGCUGUUACACUCUGGACGACGAAGCAAGGAGGCGGUUAUUAGAAUAAUUGGUUGUCAUUUGGGGAAACAGCGUUUUAAAGGCUUCAGGACUUGAACGUCUCAUCGAAGCCGACAGAUAAAAUGGACUGAAGGUCUUCGGAUGGACAGCAGCUCGUUGACAUUUUUAAUCACUGUCGCAUCUUUGAGAUAUUUCGGUUCACCAAAUGAACGUGAACUGGCGCUGUUAGUCGGCUUUGUUAGCCCGAUGUGGUCAUCGUCGUGUGGGCAGCAGCAGCAGCUAUGACGCUAGGUGUAGCCUCGCGGUUAUGUCACAGUCGGGCUAACCUACAGUUCGAUGCCCGCCGCUGCUUCGUGACCACCCGGCUCGCCAACAUGUAGACAGUCCGUCCGGACAGGCAGUUUACCUGGGAGACGAAGCGUGCUAGUGUCCCUGCUGGGUUUUAACCGCAUUCAUCUGGGUCACAGACAGCUGGCACCGUUUAUCCGAGGAUUGAUGCUGAAAGCUGUCUGAUCUGUGAUAGUCCAAACAUCCCCACUUCGUGCAGGGCACGUGAACGCAUCAUGUCCUGUCUCUUAUUUAAAACUCUGCUUUGAAACAAGCCUGCAGAAGAAGGGAAGUGGAUCUGUUUUAUUUAACAUCUGAAGAGCUUGGGGGCUGAGCUGGUCUCGGCUGGGGUCUCUUCUCGUCAUGGAGACUGUGGGGGACUUUGAGUACAGCAGGAAGGAUCUGGUGGGACAUGGAGCUUUUGCCGUGGUGUUCAAAGGCAGACACAGGAAGAAAACAGACUGGGAGGUGGCCAUUAAGAGCAUUAAUAAGAAGAACCUGUCCAAGUCCCAGAUCCUUCUGGGCAAGGAAAUCAAAAUCCUAAAGGAACUGCAGCAUGAAAAUAUUGUGGCACUUUAUGAUGUUCAGGAAACUCCCAACUCUGUUUUUCUGGUCAUGGAAUACUGCAACGGAGGUGACCUGGCCGACUAUCUGCAAGCUAAAGGAACGCUGAGAGAGGAGACUCUGAGAAUUUUCCUGCAGCAGAUUGCUGCAGCCAUGUGCAUCCUGCACAAUAAAGGAAUCGUCCACCGAGAUCUGAAACCUCAGAACAUUUUACUGUCGUAUGUGACUCGCAAGAAGUCCAGCACGAGCGCCAUCCGCAUCAAAAUAGCUGACUUUGGAUUUGCACGGUACCUGCAGAGCAACAUGAUGGCAGCAACUCUGUGUGGCUCACCCAUGUACAUGGCCCCAGAGGUCAUCAUGUCCCAGAACUAUGAUGCCAAAGCAGACCUGUGGAGCAUAGGAACAGUUAUCUACCAGUGUCUGGUUGGCAAGCCACCGUUCCAGGCCAACAGUCCCCAAGAUUUAAGACUGUUUUAUGAGAAGAACAAAAAUCUCCAGCCCAUAAUCCCAACAGAGACCUCUCCACAGCUCAGUAAUCUAUUGCUGGGGCUGCUGCAGAGGAACCAGAAAGACAGAAUGGACUUUGACAAAUUUUUCAACCACCCUUUUCUGGAGUCAGCGUCUACUAUUAAAAAAUCGUGUCCGGUGCCGGUCCCCAGUGCCUCCAACGCCGGGAUGGAAAAUUCCUGCAGCAGCUCCCCGUGCAUCCGCUACAGCUCUCCUCCUUCUCUUCCGGACAUGCAGACUCUAGCUGAGGAUUGUCUGUCGUCCCCUCCGCUUGGCCCUCCCAACUUCCUGCAGCUGUCCAAAGAGUCUGCAGGAAGUAGCAGCAGCAAGAACUCCUCCUGUGACACGGAUGAUUUUGUCCUGGUGCCUCACAUCUCUACUGACAGCUGCAGCCGCAGCCAGCCCCAGGACUAACUCUCACCGUGUCCCCUCGGGGGGAGACCACCCCCAUCCCUGUUCCAACUCAGGUCCGAAACUACCAGCGCAUCAAGCAGAACCUGUCCAGCAGCCCGAGCAGCACUCUGUGCAGCAGCCCCAGGUCUGGAACAGUGAGGCGCUCUAACACCAGUCCUAUGGGCUUUCCAAAGGUGGGCUCGGGGUGUCCCAGCUCCGCAGACGUCCCUCAAACUGUGAGUCGGCGCCUGUCCACCGGCAGCUCUCGGCCCUACUCCCCCUCGCCUCUGGUGGGCACCAUCCCCGAGCAGCUGGCUCACUGCUGCUGCCAUCUGCAGAACCAGGAAGCUCGCAGCCGCAGCUCCUCAGGAGGUUCUCCUGUUCCGUCCUCUCAGCUUCAGAGCGCUCACACCCUGACAGAGGUCUACCAGACAAGGCAGAAGCUCCACAAGCAGUUGUCGGACCCCGUGCUGCCCUCCUCCUGCAGUCACUCCCCUCAGCUGGGCCGCACAGCCAYCCUGGGCUCCUCUCCUCGGAUGUCUGACUGGCUGCAGAAGUCCCCUCUGCCCACCAUCAUCGGGUCUCCCACCAAGAUCAUUUCAGCUCCAUUCAAGAUCCCCAAAACUCAAGCUUCCUGUAAUCUGAUGGCCCUGGCCGACUCCCCGCUCCCCAGCAAGACCCAUAGCGGCGCUCGAGAUCUCUGCACCCACCACUGCAGCCCACACCUCACCGGACAGGCGGCUGCCCCUGAGGCCAGCAGGAUCAUCGGCAGAUCUGUGAGUACAGGUCGUCUGUCGGACCAACCCGUCCGGAUCACGCUGGGUGGACAGGCGUACCAGGGCAGCACUGACAGCCUGAACACAGAGAGGCCCAUGGACACUGCACCCAGCAUGGCUCAGGGUGGCUCAGCGAGUCCUCGCACCGUAGUGUUCACCGUGGGUUCACCCCCUAGCAGCAGUACUCCUCCCACCUGCAGCCACCUGGGCGCCCGGCCUCGCACCACUUCAGUGGGCUCCAACAGUUCAGCCGGCUCCUUGUGCUCCACCAGUGGGCGGGUCUAUGCUGGCUCUCCCACUGGCAUGGCCAUAGGCUCCUCCCCUCCAGGGAGUUUAGGGAGCGGGCAGGGAAGGGUAGAGGGGGCACCCAGCAGCCUGCGCUACAUCCCAUAUGGGACCUCACCCCCCAGCUUGGAGGGCUUCAUCACCUUCGAGGCUCCAGAGCUACCUGAGGAGACCCUGAUGGAGCGCGAGCACACAGACACUUUGAUCCACCUCAGGAUGAUGCUUUCAUUUACCGACUGCGUCCUGGAGAUGGCAGCGUUCCGAGCCCGGGGAGCAGAGCUGGGCGUGUCGGCUGCGUCCCUCUACCCUCCCCAGGACAGCGUGGUUGUGGACCAGAUCAGCCAGCUCAGCAAAGAGUGGGGGCAGGUGGAGCAGUUGGUGCUCUACAUGAAGGCAGCUCAGCUCCUGGCCUCCUCUCUCCAUCUGGCCAAGGCUCAGAUCAAAUCUGCUAAACUCAACCCAUCCUCUGCUGUCAAACAAGUGGUGAAGAGCUUAAAUGAGCGCUACAAGAGCUGCAUCUCCCUCUGCCGCCAGCUGACGGACAAACUCAACCACUUCUUCUCUGACAAGCAGCGCUUUGCGGAUGAGAUCAACAGCGUGACUGCUGAGAAGCUCAUCUACAACCAGGCCGUGGAGAUGGUUCAGUCGGCAGCUCUCGAUGAGAUGUUCAAACAAACAGAGGACAUAGCUUACCGCUACAGCAAGGCUGCCAUGCUGCUGGACGGCCUGUCCAAGAUCCUGCAGGACCCGGCCGACAUCGACAACGUCAUUAAAUAUAAGGCCAGCGUGGAGCGCAGGAUCUCAGCUUUAUGCUACUGUACGGUCACGCUGUACGAGUAGCAGCUGUAGCUGAACACGCCAGCACCGAGGGACCAAGUCCUGACGAGACUCUGCUGGGGCCUUCUGUAGCAGCUUAAGCACUUUUCUUUUGUUUGGUUUAAAGUUUGUGGAACUGGCCGAGUGUCGCUGAGGCACAAAAAUCCAACCAAAGAUGACAGCCGGUUUGAGCAUCAACAUUCUUCUUACAUCCAUUCUGACACGUUUAAAACUGUUUAUUUGACUCUUUAUUGUCUUAUUUAUUGCUUUAAAUGAACAUGGACUUUCCUGUCUGUCACUGAAACCUCAAGUAUUGGAGCUAAAGAGAAGAAACCUGACUGAGUGGAACAGAUCCACUCAGACUUCAUCAGUUCCUUUCACAGGAAGCAGACGCCACAAGAGCAAAGUUCACUUGUUUUUAUUUUUAUUGUUUUAAGCUCAAGCACUUUAUUGUGGAAUGAGAUGAAGGGGUUGAAUAAAAAAACAAAUGUGAAGACUGA